UAACUUUUAUUAUUAUUAUUACUAAAUGCCACUACCACUGCACCAAAACAAACAAACAAAAAUAAAAACGAUUAUUGAAGAAGAUGAAAGAUUGCAUUUUCAACGUGACUUGAACUGUUUCCCUCUGCGCACAUUAGAUGGCAGUGUAACAUUUAUGACAGAUACCCUCAAUAUGUAAAGCCGAAGAAGAUUAUAGUUGCGGGAAAACUAAAGCUGGUGUGUUUUUCCGGUGACGUUUUAAAUCUCACAAAAACAAGAUCCUAAUAAGACUCAACAUGAAAGGUCCGAAGGCUGCAGAUGUCAAAAAGGGGAUAGCAGCGUUGUGGGAGACAAUGCAGUGUCCCAUAUGUUUGGAUUUAUUCACAGAACCAGUGUCUACCAAGUGUGACCAUCAGUUUUGCAAAUUUUGUAUCAUCAAACUUUUGGAUAACUCAAAAGAAAACAAGAGCAACUGUCCAGUUUGUAAAAACAAGAUAACUAAAAGGAGUUUGCGAGAAAGCUCUGGUUUUCAGCAACUGGUAGCUGGACUGCAGGACAUGAUCCAGGGAUAUGAACAUGACACAGGGACAAACUACUUCACUGGAACUUAUAUGCCAAAAAAACAAUCAAGUCUCUCAGACGCCGAGGCUGCUUCACAUCCCCCUAAUGAGGUAUCUAGAGAUACACCUGUCUCUGAACGUGCAGAAUGUGAUGAUCUCCCUAUGUCCACCUUGUCAACUCUAGCUGCUCAGAAUGGAUUUGCAAGGCUCAUGGACUUUGAAGACUCAAGUCCUCUGACAGCAGGAAACGAAGGUCUGGACAGUGGUCUCGGUGAGGCCCCACCUACCUUUGAGAAGAAAUUGCACAGCUCACCAGAUAAUUUGGAGCAAAUGGAUCCUGACAUGAUCGAUGCAAUGGAGGAGGCGACAACCAAAACUAAAGGUAAAAGUAGGUCAGGAAAAUCAAGGAAGGCAUCUCUAUUAGAAGUUCCGAAAGAGACUGAAAAUCAAACCGUAAGAAAGUCCUCAAGAAAAAAGAGGAAAAAGGACUUGGGAUCUGACAUGGUUAAUCAGGAGAAACGGAAGAAAAGUCUACAGAAAGUUGCAGAGUGGCUUCUGAAAGUUCCUCCUGAAGGAAGUUCGGUGUCGGAGGAGGACAACAAGAAGGAUGACUCCGACAGCUCUUCUUCUACUUCAACAAUAGAUGUGCACCUGCAGAUUAGUGACGUGAAGAGAGAGGAUCGUUCUAAGGCCCUUGAAGAGCGUGUCUUUGGAGCUGUCUACAAGAGAAGGAAGGAAAGAAGGAGACUUGUCUGUCCCUUGCCUCCUGCUGGUGAUGAAGCAUUAACUUCAGUCGAACAGAAAACAGGAUCUGAAGAUGAAGAUCAAGGUGACUCAGAUGCAAUGCAGUCAGUAACAGAAGGGAGAAAUGACUCUAGUAGUGACAUUUUUGAAGAAGCAGAACAGAUGGAAGAAGUUGAGGAAAAUGACAUCAACUUGUGCGGGGAAAAGUUACAGGACUUGGCAGAAAUUGACGAAAAUAAAAGCAUAGAUGAGGAUAUUGUCGCUGUGUCUGGGUUUAAACAACAGCAAGCAAAACAAGUUCCAAAGGUUAACAUGAAUAACACCCUGCAGCAUGUUGACAGUGAUUUACAGGAACAAGCUGAAACAGAGUUAGAGACAUCUGAGCUCAAGAAAACGGACAGAAAAAAAGGUAAAAACACUCAGUCGAAAGUUUCCAAUCCUCUGGUUUUGGUUGGAGUGCCGAAUGCAGAAUCCAAUUCAAAAUUGAGCUUGAGGUCAGAACAAGUUCAGGUACAAAUUGAAAACUAUCCCAGUAGUGAUGACCAAGAAACCCUCAUUAGGAGCACAAGGAGAAGCAGAAGACUUCAGCUAUUCGCAACAGAAGUUUCAAAAGUUCAAAGAAAAGCAAAGUUGAAAAUUAAUUCCGCUGAAAAACACCACAGUGUUGAGAAUCCGCCGGAGGAAGGUAAAGGUAAAACCACCAAUAAACUGGAUUCGCCUGACAAGAUGAAUAUAAAAAAUAUGUCCAAAAGAAAUGGAUGUGUUUAUGAUCAAGACUUAGGAGGAAUUGAACUCAUGGACGCUAAUCAGCUAAGUUCUCACCCAGAACAGGAGCCUGUUGCAGAAGUUCCGGUGAACACCGAAGCCCCUUUAGAAACCAGGGCUGCCCGUGAUGUUGCUGUGGUCCCAACUUCUGCAAGUCCAGCUGAUGUAACUGUGGUGCAGCCAACAUUCGAAACCAACAAAGCAAGCAGUGACUUAUCAGAGGUUAUUGAGUCGGGGAAAUUGGUUUGUGAGACUGAAUGUGCGCUGACUGAAAACGGGGAGAAGAACGACAGUGAGGUGGACACGGAGCAACUGCUUCAGAGUUUCAAAGCCACAAAAAGGAAAUCGUUUCAUCUCGGUUGCCCAGACAUAAAAAGAAAUCGCCCCUCGGAUCAACUAAUUGUGCAAGAUUCUACAUCUGCUGAAGAAAAAGAAGAAGAACCUUCAAACAAGCACAUUUCAAAAACAUGUGAAAUUCCAAACAAGGACACUUUACAAGAUGAUGAAAACUCAUUGUCUGAUGAUGUGAUUCCUCCGUCUAACUCAUCUAUCCUGGGAAGAAAAACUACAGAGAUGCCAGUUCAAGGAGUGGCUGAAGCAGUGAUGCCUGUCCCUUGUUGUUGGAGCCAGGGCAGUGCAGCUGAAGUUGUCUCCAGAAGCAUUCCCAGCAGUGCUCUCACUCCUAAUAAAGUGUCAAAACUUCACAAGGAAAGUCCUCAUCUAUCCGUUCUGCCGCAAAUAGUGGAUUCUCGACUCUGCUACGUAGACGUUAACCAGACCGAGCCACACGAGGUGUUAGAGAGCUCUCACAUUCCUAACAUUCGGUGUGAUUCUCCACUGAGGGAUACUGGAAAGUCAGAGGAAUCACAUGACUCUGCAUCUGGUGAGAAAGAUCAAGGUAACACGACUGAACACAUCUCAGCUGCAGACUCUCUAACCCCCGAUGGUCUGGUGGCAACGGAAACCAAGCCGAGCAACUGUGACGAGGAGUUGCAGAGUUCUAGUUCAUCCAUAAACAGCAACCCGAGGCGGAAGACGAAGAAGAGGAGGAUCCAAUUGCUGGAGUCUUCGUCAGAGUCUGAUUGCAGUGGAUCCAAAGAAGAGCUGCCGAGUUUUUCUCAGUUUCUGGGAAAGGCUUCUGUUCCAGUUGCUGCGGCCCAGGAGCAGCGUGACACCAGUGAAGGUGCUACAAGUGAGUAUGUGUGUGUCACUCCUGAGGCAGCAGAAGAGUUAAGACCUCCACCUUCUUGCCCGAGUCCAGACUAUGUCGACGACAGUCAAGCUUCUGUGGAUCUGUUUGGCACGCCAGAGCAAUGUGACGUUCCAGUAAAUCCCAACAGCGUUUCCAUGGAGUCAUCAGAAUAUUCAAGCAACGUUCUUGUGACCCAGCAAAAGAUACAAAUGCAGAACGAGCUGGUGAGGCUGGAGAAGUUGAUGGCGCUGGUGUCAGAGGUUCUCCAGGAGAAAGAGAGCAGCCCUGCCAAAGAAACAAAUCAAAGCUACCCAGCCACAGGGCCCUGUUGCAAGGACACAAGCCACGAUUUAAAAAAGACAGACGUUUCAGAUGCCGAUCCUUUGGCGAGCCCAAAAGACUCUGAUGACAGAGAUGUCCACCAGCCCAGUGGGUCAAAGCAAGACAACAUUUCAGACAUGGGGCUGAGCACAUCGACCACUGACCCCUCAAAGGCAAAGACAUUUGUUAGUUCAACAACCAAAACACCAAAGAGCUGUGCUCCACCGUCUGAUGCACGAGAGGACAAAGAGAAUGACACACCCCCUAAGGACAGGACAAAACCCAAACUGGUGCUGGUCCUGUCUGGACUAGGACCCAUUGAACAGAUUACGGUGAAAAAGUUUGCCAAGUCUGUCGGAGGUCGCGUGGUUCCUCAGGUGACACCAGAGGUGACUCAUGUCAUAAUGCACACAGAUGAACAUCUGGUCUGCCAGCGAACGCUGAAAUACUUCCUCGGCAUCGCAGGCAGAAAGUGGGUCUUGAGCUUCAACUGGGUGUCCGAAUGCGUGAAACAAAAAAAGCUCCUGGAUGAGCGUCUGUUUGAAGUGAAAGGUGAUAUGGUGAAUGGACCAAACCACCAGGGUCCUACAAGAGCACGUACAACUGAGGACAGUAAUUUGCUCAUGAGAGGUUACAAGAUCUGCUUCCACGAAUCGUUCACAGACAUGGCCAGAGAUGAAAUGGAGUGGAUGGCAGAGCUCUGUGGAGCAGCGGUAGUUAACGAUCCACUUCUCUUUGACCAGAAACAGAAGUCCCAGCAGGUCCUCAUCGUAGGAUCCGGACCGACAGCACCAUCAUCCAAUAACAGCAGUCUCUCCAGGCGAGCCACUGUUGUGACGCGAGGUUGGCUGCUGGACACAGUUUCAACCUACACCCUCCAGAACUACCAGGACUACUUACUCUGACUGGGUUUACUUGAUGGUUUUUUUUUAUAUAACUAUAGAUAAAUCUGUAUAUAUUGGUAUGAUAGAAGCUCUUUGUACGUACAAAAUUUAAUAUUAUUAUAAUUAAAUCAAACUAACGAAGGUAAGCCGCUUUUCUUUUUAGUAAACGUACUUUUUUUUUUCUCCUGAGGACCUUUUUGCAAACUGCUUUGCAGUUCUGCAACUUGUGUUUUAAUUAAAACCUGUUACUAGUGAAAUCCCGUUCUUGAACAGACAGGGUUCAAUUUUACCAGCUAACCUUUUGCUGCAGUUUGCUGAGAAAAUUCUGCCUUUGCGUCUGACUGAUUUCACCGUUCCCAGGAUGGUAUUAAACUGUGGCCACUCAUUCAUUCAUAAUCUGCAAUCUUCUCCCUCACAUUCAUAAAGAAUGAGACCCUGCACAGUUUGUAAACAGUGUUUCCAUGCAUGAGGGAAAUGUGCCGUUAUUAAUAAUGCAUACUUCAACUCACAGCACUAACUCAAGCCCUCUGGGGAUGUGUAGGAGCUCGAAGCGCUGCCUUAAUUGUACUAAACGCGGCGAUUGUUGUGGAUAAAUCUUAUUAUUAACUACAUAUGACACUAAAAAAAUCAUGGAAAUGAAUAAGCUUUAAAAACAAAAAACAAAAAACGCCCAGUUCCCACACAGAAAAAAAAAUCGCUGCUGCCACUUCCCACUUUUCUAGCAGAGUGAGCUCGGAACAGAUGAGCCUCAAGGUUAUGGUUGCACAUGAGUGACUGGACCCUAUAGUGACAAUAUAUAAGUGUUAGCCUUAAGCUGAAGUGUGUUGUCGGUGUUGUUUCAUCCUGCGGCCAGAUGGAUGAAAUACAAACAGAGAACAUUUUACUCUUCCUGCCGUGUUGCCGCUCUCUGGGUUUUUUUUUUAUUUUAUAAACCUCUCUUCUGCUCACUGUGAGGCAAGAUCUCUAACUGAUCCUCCUCCAUGUGAACCUGAAAAUAAUUAAAAUCCAGAUCUUAAUCAGUCAUGCUAGUUACUCCUACUUCAGUGGCAGUGACAUUUGUUUGCAGCAGUAAGUGGAGGUUGCUGGAUUUAGUCUCUGUCAUUGCUAUGACAACGACUGAUAACCAUAACAACAACAAGGGAGAAGCAGGUAGCUGAAAAUAGAGACAAAGCCUGGACCAAACCUUAAGGUCAGCACGUUUACAUCCAGGCGUUCUAAAUGCCAGAUGUUGCUGCGGCAGUAGCUACAGUGCUGGGACGCCGCUUUCUUUCACUCCGCUGAUUUCCCUUUUCAGUGCAAGGCUGCAGAAGAGUUUGCCGUCAGCUCUUGGUGAUGAUGAGGUUGUCACUGCGUUAUGCAGUCGGUGCACACGGGGCUGCACCGUUCGCUUUUAUGUGCCUUUGUCUAUUAAUCCACUGUGUAUGAUUUAGGGAAAAUUAAAAUUUUAUAUUUGGCAGAAAUCAAAUAUUAAAUACAUGCUCAUGUGCGCGCAGAAGCUCGGAGUGUGAAUUGUUGCUUUCAUUACCCUGAUGUGAACUGCGUUAUAUCAAGUGUGGGUCUUUACGGCGGUCGCCAUGUUGGUUCACCGCGCUUUUAACGUUAGGCUUUAGUAAAACUCUACUGAAGGCUUCUGUGUUUUUGUCCUACAUUCUUGGAAUUUGGGCCCCAACGUUGAAGAAGUUCCUGACAACAUACUGUGUGUGCUGUACGUUGUCCCCACAGGUCUGCGUGUGUGUUUUCUCUCCAGGUGUUCUAGGUUCCUCCCACAGCCCAGACACGUUUUUUGGACACACAACAAACCAUUGGUAUGAGCCUGAACGUGAACGGUUUGUUUGUCUCCAAAUGUGGUGCUGUGAUGGACAGGACAACAGUCCAAUGUGCUCCCUGGAACCCUGAAAACGGUUAAACUGUUUAGUUGAUAUUCAACAGCAUCCUGGAACUUUACCACUAGAGGUCGUUGUUUGUCUUAUCUUGGUCUAAAUACAACAUAGUACAAGACUGUUUUUUUUUCUUAAUAGGUGCAGCUUUUUGUAACAGUCUUCACUGUCAGUGCAAUUGUAGCAAAUGAAUCAACAGUUGUUGUUUUUUUUUGCCAAUUUUUUGUAACUGUUGUCAUUUCAAUAUACAGUAUAUGUCUUAGUCAUUAAUAGGCUAAGUUAAGUUACAGCUGGCUAUAGGUGGCUUGUUUUUAAGUUACUGUCAUACAGUUUGUCAUUUGGGCUAAUGUGCUGCUUAGUACUAAAAUACAUUGUGGUACAUUUAAGUGCUCUGACAGAGGCAUCUGUUCAUGACUUCAUCCUUGGUUAUCGCUGCAGGAAACAGCUGAAAACACUUGCAGAUUCUCAUUCAAUACUGUUUUUGGGUAGAGAAUAUGGAAUAGUUGUUUCAAGCUAAACUCCCUCCACUUUUUGUCACCACACACUUUCAUGACUGGGAAAGUUUAUGAGUGGGACCAGUCCUUUAUAUCUGAGCUUCUGAUUGGUUGAGGAAUUUGAGGACAAUAGAAGAUGCUGAAUUCACUGACGAGGCCCUAAGAGCUAAAAUCAUGUUGUUGAACAAUAAUAAUUACAUCCCACUGUGUUUUUAUGUUUGGACCUCCUUAACACUCGUUUGUUAAGGUGGAUUGCUUGAUAGAUUUGUGCGGUUGUGCUGUGUGACUGCCUCAUCCUGGACAUGGGCGUUUGUGGGAGAUAUUUCUGUUCAUAUGCUUCACAUGGGAAAUUAGCAGGAAACAGCCUGCUGGACCACCUGGGGGGGUUUACAGCGUGCUGGUUUGUAAAGAUGCACAUCUGUGAGCAUGUAUGCAAACAUCAGUGAAAAGACACCUGAGGGCUCCCCUCCUCCCACCCUGAACCUCCCCCAGCUAAAUCCAGUGUACACAAUCCAGUGUGCACACAGCCGAGUUUCCUGUUUGUUUUGCAGCAACACAAGAGCAUGUGUUUGCCCCGAACCACUCUGUGACUCCUGCAAGAAGUAAACAACUGUCACAAAGUGUUUUGCGAGACACGCUACAACAGUAGAUCUACUAGGAGUAUGCAAAUGCUACGAGGUCACUCCGUGUAGCUGUUUUUUUUCCCCCCCAGCUCCCAGUGAAGACGUUUCUGUUUAAUCCCAUUUAUUGUAUUUUUAGUUACAUCUUUCUUGAUCUUACUUUCACUGACAUUUUCAGAUGAAUCCAAAAGGGAUGCAGAUAGAGUCUUAAAGGUAUUUUUGACUUUUUUUUUUGCUUAAAAAAAUUCCUUCAGUAAUAUAAAACCAAAUGGUACCAAACGAAAUAUUAUGGAAAAGAUAACAAUUAAGUGAUUAAAUAUUAAUAUUUUCUUCUUUCACAUGACAUAAACAAACCAUUUACUGACCUUGUACUGUUUUGUUUAUUAAAAUGUAGUAAUAUUUAAUCUCCCUUGGUUAUGAUGACAAAAACGAGUAUAUAUAUUAAAGUAAAAAGGAGAUACACUGUGAAAAGCCAAGUGUCAGACUGCAGGGAACAGUGAGCGCACUCAUCCAUGAUGACCCGUAAUUGCUCUCACACUUUGUUGCUGUCAUUCUCAUUAUUCUUUGGCCUGAAACCUUAACAAAUAUUUUAUACAGUCAUUUUGGUCACACCCCUGGGCUAUUAUCCAAACACUGCCUUCCAUCUAAGCACUUAAAAAGAUAGUUUGGUGUUUUUUUGAUGUGCCGUUGGAUAAGGUGACAGAGACAGAGGUAGAGAGAUGUGGAUGUUUAAAUCAUUGGCUGUAAAAAAGAGUUUCUGCUGGAUUGUGUCUCUGAUAUCUUUUGAGAAGUUUAUGUAGCUCAGCCCUUUACCAUUUCACGCUAAUGCUAUGACAAAUUCAGUACACGACGUGUAACCAUCGUGUUAUUUGUUGACAUUUAAAUUCUUCUCUUCCAGAUCCCUGAGUGUUCCCUGAGAAGCAACUUUUUUUUCUUCUGAAGUUUGUUGAGGACAACUCAGAGACCUUUAUAGCACGACAAACGGCUGGGAAUUCCAAGAUAUUUCUGGAAAUAUCGGGGAAAAAAAUUGUGAAACUGCUGAUACAGUAACUGCAAGUGUCCAAGAAGGUACGUCAAGAAGGAAUAAACAGAAGACACGUCUGCUAAGGACCCCUGAUCCAAGAGUGAUCUGAGUUGAAGCGAUGCAGAUCCAGGAUCAGGUCAACUAAUCGCCCUGAGCCGUGAAGGACACUGUCCAACGUCUCCGGACGGCUGAUGUCGAAGCAGAUGAGGACGGCGUCUGCGUCGGGGUAGGCCAGUGGUCUGACGUUGUCGUAAUAGGCCGAACCUGCGGGUGAGGAGAACACAGAUGUGAGCAGAGGCUGCA